UUGGUUUUAUAGUAGAAAAAAACAAUAUCGACCUCUAGGUAGCUCAAACAGCACAAGCCAAGUUCAAUAAAUUCUUUUCACCAUUUUUACUAUGGUGUUUGUUUGUGUAAUUAUUUUCUAGUUUUUAUUAAAUAAACACUACAUUUUGACUAACAACGACAAUAGUGAAGUAUACUAAAAGUGAAAAUGGCUAAAGUGGAGCAACCUAUGUUGAUAUUGCCCAAAAAACGCAAUGGCAAAAAACAAAAUUCGAUAACCGGCCAUGUAGACCACAUAAUUACUGUACAGGGAGCUGAGACUGAUUUGCCAACCAAAUACAAGAACGGCCUGUCACCAGUCACGGAACAUGUUGUCAAUGGAAUCAUACACUCUACCAUGGAGGGUCUCAAGUCCAACAUGAAAAUCAACCUACCCAUCAUAACUGAUGUCAAUGAUGAAGAUAUCAAUGACUCUAACAUAGAGACUGAACCACAGAAGUCACAAACUUCCCAAAAAAAUGGUUAUCAAGCCCUUUCCAUGAUGAACAGCCGAGAAAUCAUUGAUUUGUCUCCAAUUUAUGAGAACUCUUCAGAUGCAUGUUCAAGCCAUGAUGAUCUCGGAGAGGUUAAUGAUGAAAUACAGAAAAGCUGCAAGUUUCUGAAUGAACAUAAUGAGAGUUCCUCUGCUACUCCCAACAGCAUGUCUCAAACCCAAUCUGAAAAUAGCUUUGAAAUGGGUCCACUCACUGACAGUCUCAAAAAUAGUGCCAAACGAAAAAAGCGAGUCAACAUUGUGCAAGAAAUAAUUGAAACUGAGAAUACUGAUACAGAGAUCACAGCUUUACGGAUUGAGUCAGAAGGUUCUACACCAGACUGCUCUCUGACAGACUAUUCCAGAGAAUCCUAUUUGACCAUGACAGGGACGAUAAAAAGAGGAAAGAAGAAGGGUCAAAAUGUUGAUGUGAAACUGAAUAUUUCUCGAGAAGAACUUGAAAUCAUUGAAGCAGCCAUUGUUGCAGAGGAGUAUAACAAGAUGGACAUAUCGAAAUGCUCAGUGUACAAUGGUCCGCAUAUUUUUCUGUUCAGUCUCCUAUGUAUACCAUUUGUGGCUUGUGUGUCUGCAUUGUACUCUUUUUACAUGGGCACAAUAACUUGGUACAACAUCUUUACGCAUGUUACUGAGGAUCUGAAUUGGGUGAAGAAAGCAAUGUUGGCACCAAUAGUGAUACUGUCUUAUCCAUUUUUGAUAGUGAUUUUUACUGUAGGCCUUGGCUUGUAUGCAGGUAUUGUGCAACUGACAUUCAGUGGAGGGAAUUGGUGGAAGGAUGUGUGUGAUUUUGAGAAAGGUUUUUAUGGGUGGCUCUGUAACACUUUGGGUAUGUCAGAGUGUAGCCCUUACGAGGUAGUUAUACUUAUGGAUGUCAAGCCAUAGAUUAUAAAUAGGCUCUCUUCAGACACUAGGAACAUAUUAUACUGCUUAUUUUUAAGGCAUGAUUAUAAACAUACACCAGCAAAGUGCAGUUGACUGAAAAGGGCUAGAACAUAGUAAAUAGCUUUUUGUAUUGUAGGAAUAAAAUUGAGUGAUGUUGUAAGCUAUGUGUUACACAUUGUUGUGUAUUGUAAAGUGAGUAAUUAACAUUUAAAUGCCAAAAGGAUGGUUCAGAGGCCAGAUUUUUAAACUAUCUACAGCUUCAUACACUUGAAUUUUUGCUGUUCUAGAUUCAAUUUUUAAUGUAUGCAACUUUGCUAAAAAUUGCCGAAUAGAAAAUACUGCCAUAUAAAUCUCAUAGUAUGUAAGUUGACUGAUGUAUUCUAGUUUUAAGUAAUAUUUACAAUAAUUUUAUUUUAUACAAGGAGUAUCAACUGAGUUUAAGUUAGCUAAAAGUAAUAUAUUUACUUUAAUUUUAAAUUACAUAGGAUCUUAUGUUAUUCAUAUUAUCUUCCAUUUCUAGAGACAUAAAUUU